GGAUUGGGUAUUGGGGGGAUUGAAGACUGAAAGAGGGUUUGACAACAAGGCGGUUUCUGUGAAUUUUACCGAUGCGCCUGAGAUUUGUGAAAUUAUGGAGGACGACUCGUUUAUGAGUGAUGUAGAAGAUUAUGUAAAGCAGCACGAUGUACAGAAAUUGCUCAGAGACUGCGUGGUUAAUCUGUGUUUAUAUCGUCCCAGCAACCCAGUAGCAUUUCUUCGUGAGUAUUUCGAAAAACUUGAGGUUUCUCAUGAAAAGUGUAACGUUACGCAAACCAACAAUCUAGUAGAGUCUGCUUUUCCCAAAAAGGAAUCAAAGGAACGUAGAACAUAUUCUCACACAUUUCCUGUACCAAAUACAUCUGAUCAUCUCUUCGGACACGAAGAGUUGGGACACACAAUUGGUUACAACAGUAUUCAUAAUUCGGGUGCAAACGAUGAGAGUCGUGGUCAAUCCUCCCAAAUGAAUAGUCGCCACUAUUUUUCAGAUUCAGAUGUCAUCCUUCCCAACAAUAUUGAGAACUCUAUCAAUGAAACUUCUCUAAACAUGGGCAGGAGUUACGAAUUCAGUAACUUAAAUGAGGAAGGAAGCGGGGUUGGGGUGGAAGGUUACAUGACUAUAUCACCGUCUUCUGGUGUUAAUCUAACCAGACGUCGAUCUCGAAGAGGAGCAGUUAGUGGAGAAGUGUAUACAGAAGAAGAUGCAGCAUCCUACGUUAAAAAGGUUGUACCAAAGGACUAUAAAACAAUGACAGCUCUCUCAAAGGCCAUCGCUAAGAAUGUACUAUUUUCUCAUUUAGAUGAGUCAGAGAGAAGUGAUAUAUUUGAUGCUAUGUUCCCUGUUCAUCGUAAUCCGGGUGAUGUGAUUAUUCAACAAGGUGAUGAAGGUGAUAAUUUCUAUAUUAUCGAUCAGGGCGAAGUUGAUAUAUUCCUUAAUAAUGAGUACAGCAGUACUAUUGGUGAAGGAGGCAGUUUUGGUGAGCUAGCCCUCAUUUACGGAACGCCAAGAGCAGCUACAGUUAAAGCAAAAACAGAAGUCAAGUUAUGGGGUAUCGAUCGAGAUUCCUACAGGAGGAUAUUAAUGGGAAGUACUAUUCGUCGUCGGAAAAUGUAUCAAGAAUUCCUAUGUCGUGUACCUAUUCUAGACAAUCUUGACAAAUGGGAACGUUUAACUGUAGCAGAUGCACUGGAACCAGUCCGUUUUGAAGAUGGUGAAGUUGUUGUUCGUCAAGGUGAACACGGUGAUGAUUUCUUUAUAAUUACAGAGGGAACAGCUGCUGUCCUACAAAAACCGUCUGAAUCUGGAGAACAAGUUGAGGUUGGUAAAUUGAGACCAUCAGAUUAUUUUGGUGAGAUCGCCUUACUACUUGACCGGCCACGUGCAGCCACUGUGGUUGCACAAGGUCCUUUGCGAUGUGUAAAACUUGAUCGCAAACGAUUUGAACGUGUGAUGGGUCCCUGCUCGGAUAUUUUGAAACGUAAUAUCGCUAAAUACAACAGCUAUAUCUCUCUCAGUGUUUAAUACUGCAGUUGCUUCCCUAAUCAAUGCAGUUUCCAGUGUGAUCUGAAUGAAUAGGAAGCCAGCCACGUAAACCUAUCGAUGAUUCAGAAGCGUUCAAAACACUGCACCAAUCUCAUUUACUCUGUUCAACUUAUUUCUCUUUUCUAAUGGUUGCUUAUUUUGUUGUGAACGAUGUAUGUGGAUAUUUACUUUUUUUGACAGAAAACUUAUGGAAAAAAUCUUUUUCUGCAAUACAAAUGGCGCUUAUAUAGGAUAUAUCAGACGAACGUAUGCUACUGCAAAUAAGCUAUGUUCUCAUGAGUCGUUUAUGUAUUACCUCUACAAGCAUUUUUAUUUUCACUCAAAAUACAUUUUACGUUGCACCUAGAGUUAAA